UACUGAUCUUGUUGGACAGACAUUUGGGAGUGGCGUGUUUGUACAACAAGAUCAGUUUGUAACAAGAUCGAUCAUGGACAGUCUGUACUGGGGGAUCUCUGUGUGUCCGCUUCACUCUCUGGUCUUCUGAAGAGGGAUCUCUGUGUGUCCGCUUCACCCUCUGGUCUUCUGAAGAGGGAUCUCUGUGUGUCCGCUUCACCCUCUGGUCUUCUGAAGAGGGAUCUCUGUGUGUCCGCUUCACCCUCUGGUCUUCUGAAGAGGGAUCUCUGUGUGUCCGCUUCACCCUCUGGUCUUCUGAAGCUGUUCUCCAGGACGCCCAUAACUGCUGCAUAUUCAUGCAUUUUCAUGUCCAUGCCUUGACACAGCCUGGAGUUCCAGAUAUGGAUUUAAAACGGCUUUUGAUAUUGACAUUAUCAUUACUCAUCUGUCACGGUAAUGUCCAGCAAGAGGGGAGUUACUGCAUCAAAGCCAACGCAAAGUCCUGUGGAGAAUGCAUUCAGGUGGGGGAGAAAUGUGGAUGGUGCACGGACCCCGAUUUCCUGAAGCAGGGGGAGCCCACAUCGGCACGCUGUGAUGAGCUGGAGUCGCUGCGGAAGAAGGGCUGUAAUGUGGUGGACAUCGAGAAUCCCCGCGGCAGCUUUAAGAUAAAAAAGAACAGGCCCUUCAUCAACUACGAGGACGCCAGGAAGCUCGGGGCCUCUGAUACAACUCAGAUCCAACCUCAGAAGAUCACCCUCCACCUGAGACCUGGUGAGGCUCAGGUCUUUAACCUGAAGUUCAAGAGGGCAGAGGACUACGCCAUUGACCUGUACUACCUCACGGCUCUCUCUGACUCCAUGAAGGAUGAUCUGGAGAAUGUUAAAAAGCUGGGAACGGAUCUGAUGACAGAGAUGAAAAAGAUCACGUCAGAUUUCAGGAUAGGCUUCGGGUCGUUUGAGGAGAAGACGGUCAUGCCCGACAUCAGCACCACCCCGGCCAAGCUGCUCAACCCCUGCACCGGCGACCAGAACUGCACCAGCCCCUUCAGCUACAAGAACGUGCUGAAGCUCACCAGCGAUGGGCAGCAGUUCAACAGGCUGGUCAGCCAGCAGCAGAUCUCCGGGAACCUGGAUUCCUCCAAGGGUGUCUUCGACGCCAUUAUGCAAGUGGCCGUGUGUGGGAAUCACAUUGGCUGGAGAAAUGUGACCCGCCUCCUGGUUAUCGCGACAGACACCAGCUUCCAUUCCGCUGGAGUCGGCAAACUAGGUGGGACCGUGCUGCCCAACGAUGGGAAGUGUCAUUUGGAGAACAACAUGUACACCAUGAGUCACUAUUACGACUACCCUUCAAUCGCCCAUCUGGUCCAAAAGCUGAGCGACAACAACAUUCAGAUAAUUUUUGCGGUCACCAACGAUUUCCAGGCUGUUUAUAAGGAACUAAAGAAUCUGAUCCCCAAGUCUGCAGUGGGGACCCUUUCCUCAAACUCCAGCAAUGUGAUUAACCUGAUCAUUGAAGCAUACAAUUCUCUGUCGUCAGAGGUGAUCCUGGAGAACAGCAAGCUUCCAGAGGGGGUGUCCAUGACGUACCAGUCCCACUGCAAGAACGGCGUGAUCGGAGAGGGGGAAAACGGCAGGAAGUGUUCCAACAUCUCCAUCGGAGAUGAGGUGUCCUUCCACAUCAGCAUCAAGGCGAACAAGUGUCCGGAGCACGGAAAGGCCGAGGUCAUCAAAAUCAAGCCGCAGGGCUUCACGGAGGAGGUGGAGCUGGUCCUCCGGUUCAUCUGCGAGUGCGAGUGCCACAGCAAGGGCGUGCCCAACAGCGAGCGCUGCAACAGCGGGAACGGCACCUUCAAGUGUGGGGCCUGCAGGUGUAACGAAGGGCGCAUUGGCAGAGAGUGUGAGUGCAGCACUGAGGAUGUCAACAGCGAUGACUUGGAUGCCAACUGUCGUCGUGACGGAGGCACGGACAUCUGCAGCAACAACGGCAACUGUAUCUGUGGGGCGUGUGAGUGCAAUAAGAGGGACAACCCAGAUGAGCGCUACAGUGGGAAGUUCUGCGAGUGUGACGACUUCAACUGUGACCGCUCUGGCAACAAGCUGUGUGGAGGUCAUGGCCGUUGUGAAUGCCGUGUUUGCAUUUGCGAUGCACACUACACGGGCAGUGCCUGCGACUGCUCCCUGGACACCUCCACCUGCCUGGCCUCCAACAAGCAGAUCUGCAACGGGCGGGGCAACUGCGAAUGCGGCACCUGCAAGUGCACCAACCCCAAGUUCCAGGGCCCCACCUGCGAAAUCUGCCCCACCUGCCCCAGCGUCUGCGCCCAGCACAAGGAAUGUGUGGAGUGCCGGGCCUUUGGGACAGGUGAGAAGAAAGACAUCUGCGAACAGGAGUGCAGUUACUUCAAGCUGGUCAAGGUUUCGGACCGGGACAAACUGCCCCAGCCUGUGCAGAGCUUCCCCGUGUUGCACUGUAAGGAGCGGGAUGCCAAGGACUGUUGGUUCUACUACACCUACGCCAUCAAGAACAAUGAGAAGGAAGUCCAUGUGGUAGAAAAGAAGACUGGAGUGUCCUUUUGGGGCCGCAUAGUGGACGACUGCACCACGGACUAGAGGACGACCAGCAGGAACAGACCAGAGGACGACUGGUUGGGCUGUAAGAGCUGAAAAAUAGUGAUAUCAGACCUGUGUGACAGGCCCCUCAUAUGCGGUAGAAACCUACAAAUAUCUAGUAAGAUUCUUGUGGUUCAAAUAUUAAUGUGUUCUUUAUUGGAUUUUACUUAAUUCUUACAUUAUUCAAGUCAUGACUGAUAUUAUUCAUGUCAUGUUUAUGACCACCUUACUAUAAGAAAGCAUGCAUUAAUCCAUAAUGGCACGACUCCACUUGAUGUGCAGCAUUGGUAUACACAAUAUAAAUGAAAUUGCAAUGAAA